CAAUUUUUCUGGGUCGCACAUAGACAACGAACCAUAGACUACAAACAGAGUAGUGGAAGUAUUGAAGUUCCGUCUGUCAAACAAUCUUUUCUUUUUCGACUCAGCCAAGAUGGGUAUCAGUCGUGAUCAUUGGCAUAAACGGAGAGCUACGGGCGGCAAGCGCGCGCCCAUCCGUAAGAAGAGGAAGUACGAGUUAGGACGCCCGGCUGCCAACACUAAGCUUGGCCCCCAGCGCAUCCACUUAGUGCGCUCUCGCGGUGGUAACACGAAAUAUCGUGCACUGCGUUUAGACACCGGCAAUUUCUCAUGGGGAUCAGAAUGCUCCACCCGCAAAUCCCGUAUCAUUGAUGUGGUAUACAAUGCUUCCAACAACGAGUUGGUGCGUACCAAGACCCUGGUGAAAAACGCCAUUGUUGUGGUGGAUGCUACACCCUUCAGACAGUGGUAUGAGUCCCACUAUCUGCUCCCACUCGGAAGGAAGAAGGGUGCUAAACUGACUGAGGCAGAAGAUGCAAUCAUCAACAAGAAACGCAGCCAGAAGACCGCCAAGAAGUAUUUGGCAAGGCAGCGCCUCUCAAAGGUUGAAAGUGCAUUGGAGGAGCAGUUCCAUACUGGACGUUUGUUAGCGUGUGUGGCGAGUCGGCCUGGCCAGUGCGGUCGCGCUGAUGGCUACAUCCUAGAAGGCAAGGAACUUGAGUUCUACUUAAGAAAGAUCAAAUCCAAGAGAGCGAAGUGAGAAGUGUA